AGUGGCGGAGGAAGCCCGUUACGUCUCGGCGCGUCACCGCCUCUUCCUCUCAGGGGCUUUUCAAAAUCCUCAACCAGAUCAGUUGACUAGACAGGAAUAUCUGUAGCCGUGAACGGAUCACGCCAAACCGCUUCAACAAAGUGCGACUGACUUUAUUGGUGUUAAGGGAGAAUACAUGUUUUACGUGGACACGGUGGCUAUUAUAAGUUUAGGAGAAAUCCGUCCUAACAGUCUUGAAACAACAGUGAAGUUUGCGACAUUUAUUCACUGAAGUGCAUAGUUUGCUGGAAAGGGGCGCGAGCAUCACCGAUUUCAAACGCCCUCGUGGCAGUCAAGGAGUGGGGUGCAGGAGGAGACAGUAGACACUAGUCCUUUCAUAUGAUGGCCAAGAGAGAGAGGAUGAUGCCAGCUGGCGAGGAUAAGAGCAAGGCCAAGUAACAGGACGGGGGUCUGUCCUAUGGGAUGGAUGAGUCUCAGCAGGACCUGUAUGAGGAGCGACUGAAGGAGGUCUUCCACAGCUUCGAUGCCAGCGGCGCGGGCUCCCUCAGCCCUGAGGAGCUCACUGAUCUCUGCCAGUCCCUGCAGCUGCAGGAGGCCGAGCCCACCCUUCUCAACACCCUAUUACAGAACCAGGACCAGCUGACAGGCAGGGUGGAUUUUGAGCAGUUUAAGAAUGCGUUGAUUCUGGUGUUGUCCUCGACUAUCGGAAACCCAGCUGAGAGUGAAGAGGUGGCAGCACAAUCAGACGACUCGCCUCCAGACUCUCCGGAGGUCCAUCCCAAGUUUGUGAAGGGGACUAAGCGCUACGGCCGGCGCUCCACCCCAGAGUUUAUCGAGGGCCUUGGGGAGUUCUCCGCAGCUGCCUCAGAACAGGAGGGAGGGCCGUCAGAGGGGCAGAGGGCUGAAGAAGAGGAGGAUGAGGAGGAUGAAGAGAAUGAGGAAUCCGCAGUACCCAGGAAACGUGAGCGCUGGAACACUCACGGAAGCAGCCCAGAGGAAUAUGAGGCUGAGGGUCAGCUUCACCUGUGGAACCCGGAUGAGCCUGGCACGCCCCGUGGCUCUAUGUGCAUGCCCAUCUCUGAGCGGCAGGAGGAGCGCUUACAUGCCGCCUGUGCCGAGCUGGCGCUGCCUUGGGACCAGCCAGCCACGCAAGAACAGCUGUUCACACUCUGUCAGCACCUGGGCCUGGAGUUGAAUGAUGACCUGCUGCAGUGUUUGGAUGUGGAGGGAGACAUGAAUGUGUUGGAUUUCAUGCGCUACAUCAUUAGCCAGAGUCAGCCCCCCACCCCCUCAUCCUCGACACCCUACCGACAGCUGAAACGGCAUCACUCUACACAGCCCUUUGAUGAGAGUGGUCGCAGGACGAGUAUCGCCACCAGCACCAUUGGCCUGCGUCUCUUCUCUACGUUGGAUGAUGGCACCGGACAUACAGCAGCAGAGGAACUGGUGGAUGCCUGGAUGGACGAGGGCAUUGAAAACAGUCCAGAGGUUCUUGAGGCUCUGGAGUUUAGUCUGGAUGGGCGGGUGAAUCUGAGCGAGCUGACAAUGGCUCUAGAGAACGAGCUGAUGAUGACAACGAAAAACAACAUCCACAGAGCGGCACUGGCGAGCUUCAAGGCAGAGAUCCGACACCUUGUUGAGCGUGUGGACCUGGAGCUGCGGGAAAAGGAGAAGAUUCGUUCUGAUCUGGAGAAGGCUGAGAAGCUCAAGUCCCAGCUGGCCUCUGAGGUGGAUGAGCACCACUUUGCCAUCGAGCGCCACAACGAGCAUAACCUGCGUAAGCUAGAGCUGGAGCACAAGGAGAAGCUGGCGGCGCUGCGUUCAGAGCUGACCCGAGAGAUGGACCGGCUGCAGCAGCAGGCCAGCCAGCAGCGUGAGGAGCUGGAGGCCGAGAUCGUCAAGAUCCGUGAGGACGAGACCUUCCUGCGGGAGCAUCUCUCUCUCACAGCCAAAGAAAAUAGCCGCCUGGAAGCAGAGCUGCUGGACAGCACAGAGAGGCUUGUGGAGGCUGAGAACCAGGUCAGCAAGCUGCAGAAGAACCUGGACAACGUCCUCAAAGAAAAGUUUGGAGACCUUGACCCAGGAAGCGCUGAGUUCUUCCUGCAGGAGGACCGUCUGCGACAUCUUCGCAGCAACUAUGAGCUCCAGUGCAGAGAGCUGCAGGAUCGUAUCGAUGAGCUGCAGGCCCAGCUGGAGGAGUUUCAGGUGGUCGGCCGAGCGCCCCCACCCUCCUCACUGCUCUCUCUGUCUGAUGAGCUUGAGAACAAGAGCCCGGGCAUGGAGUCAGACCAGGGUCUGGGGCUAGAGGAGAGUCAGCCCUUUAACAUGUCUCUAGAGACAGAAAUGCUCCUGGAGCGGCUGAAGGAGCAGCACUUUAGAGAGAUGGAGAGCAUCAAAGAGCAGGUGAGCGAGUACCAGCAGCGUCUGGAGGAGCAGCAGGCAGUGCAGGAUGAGCUGAGGAGCACACUCUCCUCUCAGCACCAGGAGGAGGUGCAGGCCCUCAGGGAUGAGGUGGCACUCGUUCUCUCUCGGGCACACAAGCUCCAGAAUCAACUGGACCAGGUGGAGGAGGAGCGAAUGAAUUUGGAGGAGAACCAGGUUGAGGAGCGAGAGGCUCUGGAGAGGCAACACCAGGAGAGGAUGUCCUCCCUCCAGCAUGAUCUUGAGGAAUCGCUGGCUCAGGCCGGUGAGCUCCAGGAGCAGCUGAAAACUGUGGAGGCACGUCACGCAGACGCUAUGGAUGAGCUGGAGAAGGAACACUCUGAUAAGAUCCACCAACUGGAGCAGCAACAAGAGGAGGCAUUUAAGACCAGAAUAGAGGAGGAGAGGCAGAAGCUUCAGGGAGACAGGGAGGAGGAGGAGAAGAGGAUAUUGGACAAGUGGGAACAGGAGAGGGAGCAGCUUCAGAAGAGCCACGAGGAGGAUCUCGUUGCUCGGCUUGAGGAAGCAAAGAGGACAUUUGAGGAGGACAGCAAGGACCUGCAGAGGAGGCUUACAGAGGAAUGGGAACAGGAGAAAGGCCAGCUAGAGGGGCAGCAUAAGGAGGUGCUGGAGGCCCUGCUGGUGGAGGAGGGAAUGAGGCUCCUCAAGGAGCAAGAGCAGAAGGAGGCCAAGCUCAGGGAGCAGUGGGAGGAGGAGCAAGCUCUUUUGGAGGAGCAGCAUGAGGCCUCCCUUCAGGACUGUCUGGCCAAGGAAAGGGAGCGGCUCCGGGACGUCGAAGAGGAGAUAGAGAGGAGGUUGUCAGAGGAGUUUGAGAAGGAGAAAUCCCAACUUGAAGAGCAGUAUGAAUGUGAGCUACAGGAGAGGUUGGAGGAAGAGAGGGUCAAACACCGGCAAGAGAAGGAGGAGGUAGAACGGAGGUGGCAGGACACUCUGGAGGAGGAGAAGGCCCGUCUGGAGGAGAGCAACCGAGAAGCGAUUCAGGAGCUCAGCUCCAAACAUAGCGAGGAGCGGGAGAGACUCAGCGGCCUGCUGGACAAACUCAGGGACGACAUCGCACUGGAAAGGAGGGAACUGGAGAGCCACUUCUCCCAAAGAAUCACAGAGGUUGAGGCUCGAUUCUCAGGUGAUCAGGAGGCUGUGUCAGAACGCUUCCAGGCAGAUGUUCAUAGCCUCGAGCAGCACUACCAGAGCGAACUUCAGGCACUCUCUAAGCACCACACAGAAGAACGGACCAACUGGGAGGCAGAAAUGGAAGCUGCAAACCAAGAGGCAGAAAAUCAGCUGAAGGUCCUGAAGGAAACCUUACAACUGGAAAAGGAGACUUUCACCCAGGAGCUAUCCAAAGAGCGUGAAGAUCUUGAGCAACAUCACAAAGGAGAAAUGGAGGCCCUCAGGCUCAAGAACCAGGAGCUCCAAAAUGAGCUGGAGAGCUUUAUUAGUGCAGCGCAGACCAAAGAGAUCGAGCUCAGCCGGCAGCUGAACGAGCUCCACGACCGACUGCAGGAGAACCUUGAUGCAAAAGACGAGCUACUGGCCCAGUCAGAGAGAAAGGCCUUGGAGGUGGAGCUGCUUCUCCGACAGGCGGCUAAUGACUUUGAGCAGGAGCGCACUGAUCUGCAGGCCAGCCUGUCCGACCUAGAAUCAAGGCAUGUUGAGGCGCUUAACCUAGCAGAGACACAGCUGGAAGAGAGGAGGCAUCUCCUGGAGGAAAGGGAUCAGCUGAAGGCUAAGGUCCAGGAGGUGGAACAGUUGCUCAGGCAGGCAGCAGAGGACUUUGAGAAUGAGCGGCUAGAGAUGCAGUGCAGCCUGAUGGAGCUGGAGGAAAAACUGAAGGAGGCCCAAGCAGCUGCCACCUCGAUGGGGGAGAAGACAAAUGAGCUGGGAGACCUGGACCUAGAGCUUGAUGUAGUGGAAGAGUCAAGUCCAAAUGUAGAGGAAAGGACAACUACUGAAUCAUUUGAGAUAUGCGAUGAGAAGGCUGAUCUUGUUGCAGAAAUGUGUGAAGGUGAAGAAAUUAUCAUUCUCUCCAAUGAUUUUGAAGUACCAGAAGGUAUAAAUGAUGAUGACGUUGAGAAGGAGGCAUCUUGUGAUCUUCCUGUGUUUGCUGUACCAAUUCCAGAAGAGACCGAUGAGGAAUUGGCCAAGGAAAACUGUGAUGCCGACAUGCAAAUCACAGUGAGUGAAGUUGCACAUGAUGAGGAAGAAGGUACUGAUGAGACAGAGGCUGAUGGCAAUGAUGCUGAUGCCAUUGUUCAAGAAGACCCCACAGAAGAGGGGGAUUUGAGUGCCAACACUGAUGAGAAGGAUGUCGUAGAUGUUGUGAAUGAUGCUGAUGAAGUAAUCUCCAGUACUGAUGAUGGCCUUACUGAAACCACUGGUGACGUAGAAGGUUAUAAAGAAGGUGCAGAGGAGGAAAACCUGGUUGAUCCAGAUGAAGGAGCAGACCUUCAUCCUGCAGAACCUGCUGACGGGAAAGAUGCUGAGAGUGCAACAGUCGCAGACUCACAGGAGACGGAGGAUGCAGAGUUCACAGUUCUUACUGAGAAGAAUGAAAUCAUAGAUACAGACAUUUAUACCGAAGAUGACCAGGUAGAUCUCUCAGGUGUCUCAAAUGUAGAAACAAAGGAGAAUGUAGAGGAAGCUGAAACUGUAGAUGGAGGUGUGAUCGAAGUUGUUGAGGCCAAAGUAGAGGAUGAAGAAGUUGCUGAGACUGGAGCCGAGAUUGUGCAUGCUGAUGCAGCUGAGCCAGAGGGUGGGCAAGUGGAGGUUUCAGAAGAUAAGGAAGUUGACGUUGUACAGGUUCUAGAGGUGGAUGUUGUAGAUGUGAGUGUAGAGAUUGUAGAGGCAGAAGUCACAGUGGCCACAGACACAGAUCCUGUACAUGUAGAAGAAGUUGAGCACAAUAAUGUCAGCACAAGGGCAGAUGUUGAGGGCAUGGAAACAGACAAAAAUGAAGGGGAAUGUGUUGCUCUCAAUGAGCCAGAUUCCGCCAAUGCAGGGUCUAGGACUGGGGCAGAUGUUGAGGACACGGGGGCAUACAAUGAAGAUACAGGGGUAGAUAUGUCAGACCUGGGGGCAGACAAUGCAGAUCUUGAGGGGACGGGGAUAGUUGCAGAUGUGGGUGAGACCAGGCAAGUUGUUGAGAACAUGGGGGAGGUUGCAGACACCCAGGCAGAAGUUGAGGAUAUGUCAGUUGAAGUUGUGGACAAUGAAAUGCCUAAUGAGGUACCAGCUUCAAACCCUGACGCAGAGAUCAUCAACACAGAAGGAAUAGUUAUACAGGUCACAGAGGAGAACAAGGAAGAAGGUGCUGACCUGGAUGCUGCAGGAGACAUUGAGCCUACUGUAGAGGACAUGAAGAUAAUUGAACAGGCCAGUGUUGCUCUCCUCCUGGAGAGGAUGAAAGAACUGGAAAGAGAGGCAGAGUUGGUGGCUAAGCUUCAGGAGGACUGUGCUUUGGCAGUAAAGGAGCGUGAUGCUUGUGUACAGGAAAUCCUAGAGCUGCAGGAUAGAGUAGGCCAGUUUCAGGAUCAGACACGUGUCCUUGCUCACCUACAGGCUCAGUAUAAGGCUGCUACUGAAGACAAUCAGUCAUUACAGCAACAGGUCUCCCAGCUCCAGCAGCGAACCAAUGAGCUAGAGGUAAUCUUGGAGGUAAACAGUGAGAGUCUCAUCACUGGACAGGAGGCUCUGGUCGAGAACUGUGACCUGAAGUCUGAAAUCUCUACCAUGAUUGAACAAGUCAAGAACCUAGAAAUCAAGGCACUAGAACUCACUGACUUACAGAUUCGGUACGAGGAGUGCAUCUGCGAGAACGUGCGGCUGGCCGACCACAAUGAAAAGCUGGAAAAGAGGGUCGUGAGCCUGGAGGGUAAGAUGCAUAUCAUUCAAGAGUUCCACGACCAGCACUCUGCGCUCCUAGACGAAAUUGGACGCAUGCGAGAGGAGAACACCAAGCUGAGCGCUGUUGUCCACGAGCUAGAGAAGCAAGAUGACGAGGACGUGAAUGAUUUGCUCCAGGCCAUGCAGCAGGAAUCCUCAGAUUCUUCCGGAAACACGUCAGACUCUGACACCUUCCUGGAUUUGAACUCUCAGAUGGAGGCCAAAAUCCAGGCGGUGUCUGACCUGGAGGAGUGCUGCUCUGAGUUCGAAAAACAGAAUGCCAAGUUGCGCAGGGCACUCACUGAGCUUCAGGAGAAGUCUUUCCACAUACGCAAUCGGAUGCAAGCACAUAGAAGCGAAGCAGGACGUCUAGCAGAGGAGAAUAUCGUGCUGAGGCAUAAAAUAUCUGCCAUAAAGGAAGAAGAUGUCCGAGAAAGUCAAGAGGACAUGCUGAUUAAACUGGAGCUUUUUAGGAAAGAAAAGGUUGCUGCUCAGAAGAUGGCUGAGUCAUUCAAGAAACAGAUCUCUGAGUUGCGAAUGCGCGGGCUGCAGCUGGAAGAGGAGAAUGGGCUGCUGUCGCAGAAAAACGACCAGAACGCCGCAGAUGUCCAGGAGCUGAGCGUGCAUCUGGGAGAUCUGAUCCGCCACAGCGAGAGGAGGGAGGCCGGACACCAGCGUGGCACACUCUCAGCCAGGGAGAGGGAGGAGAUGGAAGCAUGCGUGACCGCCCUGGAAUCGGAGCUAACCAAAGCCCAAGAGGAGAGUGCUAUUCUACAGCAUGAGAAGGCCCUGCUCUCACGACAGCUCUCCUCUCUGCAUGGACAGCUGAAGGAGGGAGGGGAUCUGGCCAGUGCUUUGUCCAGAGCCCAGAGACUACAGGAAGAGAAGGAGCUUCUUAAAGAGGAGCUGGAUUGCUGUGUAGAAAAGGUGGCUAAGCUGGGGGCUCUGGAAGGCCAGCUCGCCCAUCUGCUGCAGGAGAGGCAGACCGCUGAGAAGCAGGUGCACAGCCUACGCAGCCAGCUGUCCAAAGCGCAGGAGAAGAACCAGGCACUGGAGAGUACCCUUCAAAUGGUAAACCUGCAGACUAGUCGCCUCAAAUCGGACCUCAGAGUCACACAACAGGAACGAGACACCCUCAAACAGGAAGUGAUGUCACUGCACCAGAAACUGCAGAAUGCCAAUGACAAGGUCCAGCUGCUGGAGGUGAGCCUGCAGGCGAGUGGCUUCCCGGCCCCCCAGAGGCAGCUGCUGAGUGGGGAGCUCAGGCGCCUGCUGGAGCAAGACCAGCAGCUCCUGCAGCAGGAGAACGAGAGGCUGCUACGCGAGGUGCAGCACGCCAAGGGGGAGCUGCAGAACACACGCGAGAAGACCCGUCAGCUGGAGUCGACUGUGGUGAGUCUGAAGCAGCGGCAGCAGCAGAGUCAGGCGGGGCUGCUAAAAGUGGUGGAGCAGGAGAAGGCUUCCCUGAAGCGGGAGCUGGAUGCCCUGCGCAACGAACUGCUCUCAGCCCAGAACAAGGUUUGUGAGCACAAUGAAGAACAGCGGCAACUGGAGACUCUUAGGCAGGAGAAUUCAGCACUAAAAAGCAGGCAGACCCAUCUGGAGGCCCAACUACUUGAGGCCCUGCAGGUUCAGCUGGGAGGGAUUCUUCCGCAGUCUCCGGUCAGGUUGCCUGGGGAACGCAGAGGUCAACACCGCGGCGAUGAUCAUGGCCCUGAUUUCAACAUCCAGGAUGAGCGAGAGCUGAAGCUGAUGAAGAUGGAGGAGAGGAUGCGGGACGUGGAGCUGGCGCUCAGGCAUGUCAAGAUGCUGCUGCAGGACAAGGUCUCUCAGCUAAAAGAGCAGUUGCAUAGGAACAGCAAGGCUGACGGCAUGAUUAAGGACCUGUAUGUAGAGAACGCCCAGCUUCUGCAGGCUCUGCAGCGGAGCGAGCAGCGGCACAAGACGGCCGAGAAGAAGAACUUCCUCCUGGAGGAGAAGAUCUCCAGUCUCAACAAGAUUGUCCGCGAACUCGGACCCUCCCCACUCUCACCCACCCCCUACCCAUUCACCCGCUCCUGACCAAUCCAGCACGAAGGUUCCUGCCAAAUGUGCAUCUGAAGGGAAGAUUUGCAGGAUUUGUUCUGAUUAUUAACCCUUUCAUAAUAUUACUUUUUCCGCAGCAAAACCGUGUCUGCAGCCUUAACUGUAAUAGGUACAAACACCAAAUUUUCACCUUGUGUCCCAUGUGUCCCUUGUGUGGCCUAUAAUAAUUCUAUUGCUUAAAUCUUAUAUUGUAAAGGCCCAAUCCUAUUCAAUCUUGGUACACUUUAUCAUAACCAUAUUCUUUGGAAGCACACUAAAUUUCAUGAAAUUCCGUCCAUAGGGGGCGCUACAGCUGCCACGUUAACAAUUAAUCAUGGUUCUAUUACCAAUAUCUUCUCUUGUAAAGGCUCAAUCCUAUUCAAACUUUGUACACACAAUCAAUAUAACAUUCUUUGGAUGCACACAGAAUUUCGUAACAUUCCGUCCAUAGGGGGCGCUACAGCUUUAAGAUGAACUGUUUGAUGUAAACAAGUGAAAUUUGGCACCUGGUGUUAUUUCAUCACCUUUCCUAAUCUGCCAGUUGACUCACUUUUUAAAAUAGCCACCAGUGACCAAUCAAAUUUCAGUUGUCAAUAUUGCCAAUAUCUUCUCUUGUAAAUGUCACACAAUCAAUGAAUGUGACAUUCUGUCUAUAGGGGGUGCUACAGCCACCACAUGUUAAAAUGUCAUGAACCGUUUGACAU